AAUGGUCAUCUCCGCAGUCAUCCUUCAAAUAUGCCUUCUGUUGGGUCCUGUUCUAUCUUCAGAUUCAUUGACCCCCUCACCUGCAACCUCUCUGGACAAUUAUUCCUGUGGAGGCGUCCUGACCCAAUCUUCAGGGAAAAUUUCCAGCCCAUUUUACCCUAGGAACUAUCCAAACAAUGCCAAUUGUGUGUGGGACAUUGAAGUUCAAAAAAACUACCGUGUGAUUUUGGUCUUCAAAGAUGUCCAGCUUGAAGGUGGCUGUAACUACGAUUAUAUCGAAGUGUUCGACGGCCCCUACAACAGAUCCCGUCUGUUCAGUCGAAUCUGUGAUGGGUCAAGUGGCUUCUUCACCUCGUCAUCCAACUCCAUGUCCAUUCGCUUCGUCAGCGAUAGUGACAUGGCGAAGAGAGGGUUCGAGGCUGAAUACUACUCUAGCCUUUACGCUGGGAUGACAAAGCUACUUUGCCGGCAGGAUCACAUGGAAGCCAGCGUGAGCACGGGCUACCUCCAAACCCUGGGCCACACUGCCAGGGACCUUUUCAUUCCCAACUUGAACGGGAGUUACGGGUGCCAGCCCCAGAUCACAUUAAGCCACGUGACCUUCAUAAUUCCUUAUUCCGGCUGUGGCACCAUCGAGCAGGUGGAUAAUGACACCAUCACCUAUUCCAACCGCCUCAGGUCAGUUAUUUCAAGUGGCAUCAUCAAGAGGAAGAAGGACAUCAACAUUCGUGUCAGCUGCAAAAUGCUCCAGAACACCUGGGUUAACAUGAUGUACAUUGCUAAUGACACCCUCGAGGUCAAGAACAUACAACAGGGCAAAUUUAAUGUGUCCUUUUCCUUUUAUACAUCCUCUUCAUUCGUGAAUCGUGUGACCAGCAGCCCAUACUACGUGGACCUGAACCAGGAUUUGUACCUUCAAGCUGAAAUCCUCCAUCCUAACACCUCCCUGGCCUUAUUUGUGGACACAUGUGUGGCUUCACCGAAUUCCAGUGACUUUACAUCUUUGAAUUAUGAGAUCAUCCGUGGAGGGUGUGUGAAGGACGAAACCUACCAGUCCUACGACCAGCCCUUGCCCCACAUUGUCCGCUUCAAGUUCAGUUCCUUCCGCUUCGUGAGACGCUUCCCCUCCGUGUACCUGAAGUGCAAGAUGAUCGUGUGCAGUGCGAACGAUGCCUCCUCCCGCUGCCGCAAGGGCUGCGUCGUGAGGGCCAAGAGGGAUGUGGGCUCCUACGAGGAGAAGGUGAACGUUGUCCUGGGACCCUUCCAGCUGAAGGCCUCACACGACUGGCCGGUGGUUGACGUGGAGGAAGAGGCCAGUGCCCCCGGGAGCUACCAUAUUACUACCAUCCUCUCUGGGGUCUUCCUGGUCGUGGCCUUGGCCUUAGCAGCCUUCACACUGUGGAGACGCACCCCUGCUGCCCAUGGCCAGCCUCCGAGCUCUAGGAUGUGAAGCAGCAGAACACAUGCGGUGCUCAGACACAGGCCUCCUGCUCUGGAGCCCAAGUGAGGAAGUAACCAGUGUCCACGGCGUGGCGCCCAGGGCACCCAACUUGAUUUAAGUCUGGCCCAGGUGCACGGUGGGGGGUGGGUGGAGGUGGGGGUGAGAAAGAUGGGAGCAGCCUUCCCCAGAAACACAGGCUGGGCACUGGGACAAAAUGUCAGGCUCCAGGUGCCAGAACCUAAAAUCCCGCGUGCAGCUGAGAGCCACACACGGGGAGCAGCAGCGCUUGUUCCAGCUGGAGUUUCUUUUCUGACCUUUUAUGAACCAGCUUCUUUGGCCUGUAGUGUAUAUCUUAGCCCUUGCUUAUUAUAGACAAGCUGAAUAAAGAACUUUUU